AUGGAAAGUCAUUAUUUUGUAGCUUUUUAUACAAUAGAAUAUGAACAACCUGACGUAGAGGAUUUACGCGUGGUAAUUGGCGUAGGUUUUGCUUACGCUUACCUUCAAGAUAAUAAAGCGAAAAUCAAAGUUAUAGUAAAUGAAGAUUGGGGAAAUUUCAAGAGCCCUAGUAAAACUAAUACAGUAUUACAAUAUGACGAAUCUUAUAGAGAAGUUGUUAAUUGGGGAGCCGGGGCAUUAAGUUCAGAGCCUUCAAAAAGAAGAAAAUUUAAUUUACCAAAACCGGUAGAAUACUUUAAAUUUUAUUUAGGAGAUGUCCCAGAAAGCAAAAAACCAAAAUUACCACCUGGAGUUACUUUUGAAAAAGCGAUAACCGAUUAUCUUCGUGAAAUGGAUUUUUAUAAAAAUGUUCGACUUGUAUUUACUGUACCGGCAGAAUUCAAUGAGAAUGCGAAAACUAUUAUGAGAAGAUGUAUAUACGGUGCUGGUUUGAUCAAUAAUAUCGGCACAUUAAAUCUUCAAUUUACUACUGAACCGGAGGCUGCUUCAAUUCAUUGUAUGAAUAUAUUAAAAGAACUAAAUUUAACUACAGGAGCAACAUACUUAGUUGUCGAUUGUGGCGGAGGAACCGUGGAUUUAACAAUUAGAAGAUUAUUAUCAGAUGAUAGAAUUGCGGAAACAACCGAGCGCACGGGUGAUUUUUGUGGCGGUACUUAUGUUGACGAUGAAUUCCUAAAAGUUUUAGAAGAUAAAGUAGGUAGAUCUGCAAUGAGAAUGCUAAAGGAGAAACACUAUGAUCAAGUGAAUUAUUUGAUACACAAAUAUUUUUGCCCUGAAAUUAAAAUCCCGUUCACCGGUAAAAGGUCAGAGUUCAAGGACAUUGAACUGGACAUUGAGAAAAAAU